UUCCUAAAGCCUCAGUCAGAGUGAGGAGGAUGAGAGACGCCAUGAAGGCGAUAUUCAUCGCCGUAUGUGCAGCUCUUGCGAUCCAACAGGUCAGACUUUUGGUCGACGAGUACGAGUCUUUCCCGACCAACACCUUGUAUAAGAUUGAGAAUGUGAACACGGUCCCGCCUCCAGCAUUUACGAUUUGUCCGAAACCCUCUCUGAAAGCGUCUGAAGAAAGAAUGACGGGGGGAAAAAUCGAUCAAUUAGAGGAAUUCGCGAAGGUUACGGUGCCCUUGACCGACUUGGUUAGAUUGAUUCCUACCAACUCGAAACCAGCGAACCCUCCAAACGGAUCAUUUACCAGCCAGGAAACCAUCAUUCCACUAGAAAAUGACAAAGGGUAUUGGAACGAGCGAAUAUUUUAUGACCUGGAGGACGUCACUGGGUAUUACAAGUGCUUCACGCUAUAUCUGAAAGAAGAACUGCCCGUGGCCAAGAAGAAUUGCGAAGCACAAGUCUUCUCAUUUGAUUUCGCGUCGAUCCAGCAAUACGAUUUUGCAGAGGUAGGAAUAAUCUAC